AUGAAUAUUUGGGAUCUUGCUAAACAAAAACUUGUGGAAAAUAAGCAAAGAGCAGCUGAGCUUGAACAAAAAUUAGAUGAUGAGAAUGGAGCAGUAAAUGAUAAUUAUUUGGCGGAAGUACGCCGACGGCAUGAAUCGCAUAUCAUUAUUGCGGGAAAUCGGAAAUGCGGCAAAUCAUCAUUCAUGUUGAAUUUUCUGGAGCGGAAAGAAGAUUUGAGAGAAUCGGUUGGACUCGAAUUCACGUACGCAAGAAGGACAAGAGGAAAUGUCAAAGAUGUUGCAAACUUAUGGGAGCUUGGUGGUGGAUCUUCAGUGACUGAGUUAUUGUCGGUACCGAUUACAGCGAAAAAUGUGGAAACAUGUUCCCUAAUUGUUCUUCUCGACAUGACAAAUUUGAGUGAAAUGUGGAUCACAAUUGAGAAAACUGUAGACACCGUCCGACGGCUAGUGGAAAAUUUGGAACGGCAAGAUGCGAACCUUCAGACCCGCAUGGCUGAGAAAUCGCGUCUUCGUCUGGAAAAAUAUGAAUCUUCGAGUCUGAAAAUGUGCGCACCAUGCCCUUUACCAAUGACAAUCGUCGCUACAAAAUACGACGAAUUUCAAAACUUUGAAUCGGAAAAACGUCGUCAUCUUUGUCAAUUUCUCCGUUUCCUGGCCUAUUCAUAUGGAGCGAAUUUGAUGAUGUACUCAUCUAGAAUGGAGCAAUUCCCAAAAUUAGUGAAAAAUAUGAUCAGUCAUUUUGCAUUUGGAACAGUUUGUCCACAAGGUUACAUCACGGAUCACAACAAGCCAAUGUUCAUAAAAUGCGGUUUUGAUAAUUUGGAGGCAAUUGGUAUUCCUCCAGGAUCGGAUAACUUUAUGGGAGCUUCAUCCCCGUUCAAUUUAUGGAGAGAAUCGUUCAUAAGUCUUUGGCCUCAGAAAACUGGAAAUGUGGAUGUGGAAGAUACCAAGAAACAAGAUCCAAUGAUUGAUCCAGUAUUCAAAGAGCCGAGCAUUGACAAUCUGGUUGAAAUUAAACGGAAGGAACUGGAAAAUCAUAUUCGAUCAAAGAGAGAUCGAGAGGCUGCCGAGGCUCGCGCGGCUGAAAGAAUCGCCAAAAUCAAUGUUCGAUAA